AUGGUAGAAGUCGGUAGCGAACUCGUGAAAUCAGGCUCGUCGCAAGACCCACCGCAGGGGCAGGUUACACGUCGAUCUUCCCAUAGACUGGAUGAAGAAGUUCUAGUCGAUGCUCAGCCUCCGAUGGGAUUCACCCGCGCGUUGAUCAUUACCACGGCGUGUACCCUGGCUAUGGUAAUGUCUGGCGCCUCAAUCUCUAUUGCGUUGCCCGAUAUUGGAGUGGACCUGGGCAUUUCUCAAUCGGAACUUCAAUGGCUUAUAUCGUCUUAUGCUCUUACUUCUGGGUGUUUCUUAUUACUGUUCGGUCGACUUGCGGAUCUUUUCGGACGUAAAAAGGUGUUCUUAGCCGGGACAGUGUGGUCACUAGCAUGGUCGUUGGGGAGCGGCUUCGCACCCAACUCGAUAGCCCUGAACGUGAUGCGUGCCCUUCAUGGAAUGGGUUCCGCUGCUACAGUUCCAUCGGCGAUUGGUAUCUUAGCCCACGAGUUCCCUCCUUCGAGGUCUCGUUCCAUCACAUUCGCGACAUUUAGCGCCGGAGCCCCUCUUGGGGGUGCGAUUGGGUUUGUGAUUGGCGGCGUCAUGACGGAGUACACAAGCGUGGCGUGGAGAGGAGUGUUCUAUGUUAGCGCAGGGGUCGCCGGGCUAACCAUGCUAGCGGCGGCUCUUGCGAUACACAAGGAUGAGCCUUCCACAGAGAAGGAUAGACGCGUGGAUUGGGUUGGAGCUGUACUUUCUACAACGGCGCUAGUACUAUUGACCUUUUCUUUGGCUCAGUCAUCCUCGGUCAAGGAUGGAUGGAGGACACCUUAUAUUCCGGCUGUCCUAGUUGUUUCGGUUCUAUUGUUAGUCUGCUUCGUUAGUUGGGAAUAUUACCUCGAAACUCGUACAACCCAUCCGCCCCUAAUGCGUCUGGGAUUGUGGACGCGAGCCAAUGGGAGAUUUGCCGCUGUCCAACUCAUAGUUUUCUUUGAUUGGGCCUGCUUUACAACAUGGUUAUUCUUUGUCACUCUUUACUAUCAGGAGUACAAGGGAAUAUCUCCCGUCGGUACUACCGUUCGCGUAUUGCCCAUGGCAGUUAGCGGAUUGCUUUGCAAUCUCGUUGUUGCGUUAGUUGUGGGUCGAAUAUCUGGAACCGCGCUAAUUGCCUUUGGAUGUUUCUUUACUGCUCUUGCCUCCUUGCUUUUCGCCCUCAUUGUUCCUUCGGCGUCUUAUUGGGCGUUUGGAUUCCCGGCGGCGGCCGUGGUCGUAUUCGGUGCUGACUUCAUGUUUGCGACGGGCUCGCUGUUCGUCGCCAAGAUUGCUCUGCCGCACGAGCAAAGCCUUGCGGGGGGGAUCUUCAAUACGGUCAAUCAACUUGGUACUGCGUUCGGAUUGGCUAUUGCGAGCGUAGUCAGCGACACUGUGCAUCGGAGGGCUUUGCGCGAGUCGGGUGACGAACUAGGUUCACUGCUGCGGGGGUACCGAGCCGCAUUUUGGACUUGCUUUGGGUUCGGUACUGUGGCACUGGUACUUACUGUGAUUUUUCUCCGCGGUAUUGGUAUCGUUGGGCACCAAGGCGGGGAAGGUCAUGGUAAUGAUAAUAAUGGCUCUAAUCGUACUACUUCUCGCAGCGGUCACCACGCUAGGCUGUACACUCGUUUUGGAAGCCAAGGAGUCAACUUGUGGAACCUACACAGCCAGCUCAUAGGCAACAAAGUUCAGGCUGGCGGAGACCAGGAAAGUCAACAGUUCCUGUUGUCCGACGCGAGCGGUGGCAAGGACAAGUUACUCAAGGCACAAUACUUUAAACAGCCCCUCGACCAUUUUGACAAGUCGGUGAAUAGCACAUUUGGACAACGUUAUUGGGUAAAUAAAGAAUAUUACGAACCGGGCGGGCCGGUGUUUGUGUUGGAUGGGGGUGAAACAUCCGGAGAAGAUAGGCUUCCCUUUUUGCAAACGGGUAUUUUGGCAAUCCUCGCAAAUGCAACCAAGGGUCUAGGCAUUGUGCUCGAGCACCGUUAUUACGGGGAAUCAAUUCCAGUUGCCGAUUUUUCGACAGACUCGAUGCGAUGGCUCACCAACGCACAAGCACUCCAAGACUCUGCUAAUUUCAUUGCCAAUGUGAAGAUUGAGGGCCUGGAUUACAAUGUGACUGCACCUGGAACCAAGUGGAUCUAUUACGGGGGGUCGUAUGCGGGCGCACGUGCGGCCCACAUGCGGGUUCUGUACCCUCAUUUAGUCCAUGGCGCGAUUGCUUCCAGCGCGGUUACGCAUGCAGCUAUAGAUUACUGGGAGUAUGCAGAUGCGGUCCGACGCACCGCGGACCCCGUCUGUAUCGGUCACCUGACAACGGCAAUCCAAGCGAUUGACGACUUGCUGUCAACUAGAGUGCUGGCGAAGAGUUUGAAAUCGUGGUUUGAGUUGGGUGAGCUCGAGUCUGACCAGGAUUUUGUGUCGGUACUCAUGUCUCCUAUUGGCUACGUGCAAGGUCAGAACUGGGAUAGCGCAGUGGGGAGCGAUGAAUGGUCUCGCUUCUGUGCCGCGCUCGGCAGUGGCGGCGCUGACAGCACGCUGGGAUGGUGCUUUGGGACUAGGGACGAUUCGAAAUUUCGAUUGACCGAUCUGGGUCAGGAGUGGCGGGCAUGGACAUGGCAGGUCUGCACUGAGUGGGGAUAUUUUAUGGGUGCGCCGCCGAAUCAAGCGUAUCCGACGAUUGUAUCUAGGCGUCUCACCCUCGACUACACAUCGGCGAUUUGCAGACAGGCGUUCCCGCCGGGCGAGCAUAUUUCGGUGCCGGAUUGGCCAAACGUCACAGCUGUAAAUGCACUCGGGGACUAUGGACUAUCCGCUGAUCGGCUGGCCUUUAUCGAUGGAGAUGAGGACCCCUGGCUACCGGCAACACCUCACAGCCCCCAUGCUCCCGAGCGCGCAGACACAGUCUUGCGGCCGUUCAAGCUGAUCCGCACGGGAGUACAUCAUCACGACGAGAAUGGAGUUGAACCUCACAGCGAGGAACCAGCGCAUAUUCAGGCGAUACACAGACAGGAGAUUGAGUUCGUCAAGGCAUGGCUCAAAGGCACGACGGAUUGA